AAAAAUAAUUAAAAAAUAAAAAUAAAAGCAUAAACAGAUGCGCAUUGUCAUUCACGGGAUGUACAGUACUCCGUCCGUUCACUUCGUCUCCAUCUCAACUCCAUUAAUUCCCAAACGAAGCUUACAAAACCCCGUCCAUCUUCAUCAUCUCCACAAUGAGACCCACUCCGAGAGAGAGAAGGUGGUGGAGUGUGUGAGCUCCGAGGUGCAUUAAUGGCGACCAGAAGCCUCGGCAACUCACCCAUCUCUCCUUCUCCCUCUCCCUCAGGAAACCGCAUUGCAAACAUUCCAUGUUGCUCAGCCAAGCCAUCAUCCAUCUCAUUUCCCCAUCGCCAUCUCUUCUUCCCCCCAAACACCGGCAAUGCGGCUGAGAUCAACAAAGAGCUGUCUUUGAGUAACUCCUCCUCCACCAUCAUACCUCCAUCUCACAAGCCGUCGGUGGUGAUCGUCGACGAGCAGGACCAGGCCAUGGUCGAGAAGUGCGUGGUCAGAGGUCAGAAACACUUGAGGGAGCUUAGUAGCUGGGGCAUUGGCGGCCCUUGUAGCUACUUCCUCGAAGUCUCACGCCCUUCCCAUCUCGUCUCGGCCAUCAGGUACUGCAAGGCAAGGUCGAUACCCUUCUUGAUCGUCGGCAAGGGUUCCAACUGCUUGUUCGAAGACCGAGGGUUCGACGGCUUCGUGAUGCUCAACAGGCUCGAGCAUUCGGCGGUGGAGGUGGUCGAGCCGGGGACGUACCGCGUCGGCAGCGCCUUUCCAUUCAACCGCCUUGGUGUUCGCUGCUCCAGCGAGGGAUUCUCCGGGCUAGAGUUCGCCGGCGGCAUCCCAGGCACCGUCGGCGGCGCGACGUUCAUGAACGCCGGUGCUAACGGGCAGGAAACCGGGGACGUGAUCGAGAGCGUGGAGAUCGUGACGAUGGAUGGCGAGCUACGCGUGCUGGGUCGUAGCGAGCUGGACUUCGGCUAUCGAUGGUCCUCGUUCCAAGCGAUGGACAACUUGGCCGCCAUUCUCGCCGUCACCUUCCGCCUCUCUCCGGCACCGUCCGCGCGCGACCGCCAGAAAGCCUUCUUAGAAAGGAGGAGGAAAACACAGCCUGUUGGGGAAAGGAGUGCAGGAUCAGUGUUCAGGAACCCAUUGGGUGCUGGAAUAUCAGCAGGUGAGCUAAUUGAACUUGCUGGAUUGAAAGGGUUCGCCAUGGGAGGUGCUAAAGUUUCAGAGGUGCAUGCCAACUUCUUCAUUAACUUCAAUGGGUCUACAUCUGGUGACAUGCUGGCUCUCAUCAACUUUGUUAAAGAGAGAGUUGAUCAGAUGUUUGGGAUUCAACUCAAGGAGGAAAUUAGAUACGUCCCUUAUGAAUGAUUGAGCAGCACCUGUUUCAUGUUUGGCCUUGUUUUCAUUUAUUGAUUGAUUUGAUUGGAUUUGAUUGAGAGAUGAGAAAUGAUUCCCAUAAUUCAGAUCUAUAGUAUGAUUAGCAUGUUUAGACAAUAAUUCAUACCAGCUGGAUUUACUGUUAUUGAUAAGUUCGAUUUGUUUUCUGUAAGUAACUUUUACAUUUGUAAA